AUGCAUGUGCGUCUGUGUUUUAGGGAAGAGGAUGAUGAAGACUUGAUGAUCCAGUGUGAGGCGUUUGAAGAGGCUAUGGCUGAAGAUGAGGAGGAGCUCUUAAGGGUUUAUGGAGGAAUUGACAUGAGCAACCAUCAGGAAGUCUUCACAUCACUGUUUAAUGAAGUGAGCAGUUUCCCCUCGUCCCAGCAGCUGUUGUCUAUGUUGCAAGCGUUGCUGCUUCUGGGUCCGGAUCGAUCUGACGUUUGGCAGGCUUUGGAGGCGCUCACGAAUCGAGCCAUUCUGAUCGCUCAGAGCUCUGAGAUGGAUUCCCGUGAGAAGAUUCUGCAGCGUCUCGUCUUCGCCAAAGAACCCUCCAAAGGCUCGUCUGAUGUUGAUGGUCACCUGCUCAGAAGAAAGCAUCAAGCCAUUCAGACGGAGACAAAGGAGAAGAAACCGGAAUGCUUCAUCCAGUCCACCACCUCCACCUCCACCACCACCUCUGCCCAGUAUGGUUUCUCCUCUCCUCAAACCAGGAGCUGGACCUCCUCCACCACCUCCUUUACCAGGAGCAGGGAUGCCUUUACCUCCACCACCUCCUCCUCUGCCAGGGAUGAGUUUUGGAGGACCACCACCACCUCCUCCUUUGCCUGGAAUGGGAGCCCUUCCUCCUCCACCUCCACCUCUUCCAGGUAUGGGGCCGCCACCGCCUCCACCUCUCCCAGGUAUGGGGCCGCCACGCCUCCACCUCUCCCAGGUAUGGGGCCGCCGCCUCCUCCAGGUUCUGGUCCACCCUGCCCUCCUCCUCCUCCUCCAGGUGUGAUAAUGGCCAGUGACUUCCAGGGUCUUGGACAAUCUUACUCCAAUCCUGUGAAAACCGGCCCUCAUCCCUCACUCCGGAUGAAGAAACUCAACUGGCAGAAACUCAAUUCCAGAGCGGUAACUGAUGGUCCUUCAAUGUGGGCUUCAGUUCCAGCUGAUUCCCUGUUGGAGCCGAAUUACAGCAGCAUCGAGCAGCUCUUCUGUCUGCCCGUGGCUGAACCUAAAGACAAAACCCCGACAGCACCGGUCAAGAGAGAACUAAAAGAGAUUUCAUUUAUUGACCCCAAGAAGAAUCUGAACCUGAACAUAUUUCUGAAGCAGUUUAAAUGUUCUAAUGAAGACUUUGUGGCAAUGAUACAGAAUGGCGAUCGCUCUAAAUUUGACGUUGAGUCCCUAAAACAGCUUCUGAAACUGCUUCCAGAAAAACAUGAGAUGGACAACUUGAAGUCCUUUCAAGGAGAUCCAGAGAAACUGGCCAAAGUCGACCGCUUUUACCUCUUACUUCUGGCUGUUCCAUGUUAUCAGUUGAGGAUUGAGUGCAUGUUGCUGUGUGAGGAGACUGUGUCGGUUCUUGAUAUUCUGAAGCCCAAAGUAGAUCUGGUGGAGUCGGCCUGUGAGAGUCUCAGGAAAAGUUCUCUGUUGCCCAGUUUCUGCAAACUUAUCCUUGAUGUUGGAAACUUUCUCAACUAUGGAAGUCACACAGGAAAUGCUGAGGGAUUCAAGAUUAGUUCCCUGUUGAAACUCACUGAAACUAAAGCAAACAAGAGUCGCAUCACCCUCCUACAUCACAUCCUGGAGGAAGCUGAAUUAAAUCACCCAGAGCUGCUGAAUCUUCCAGAAGAUAUUGAGGCGUGUGAGAAAGCAGCCGGCAUAAAUCUGGAAUCAAUUCAGUCUGAAACAAAUGCUCUUCUGAAGAGACUAAAAGAUGCAGAGAAGAAAGUGUCUUCGUCGGCUGAAGAUGUGAAGGAGCAGUUUUCAGGGGUCGUUGAGAAGAACGUAGUAGCAUGUAAAGCUCUGGAGGAGCGGUUCUCAAACGUUGAGAAUCGUAAGGGUGAACUUGCUCAGUAUCUGUGUGAAGAUGUUUCUCAGCUCUCACUGGACGACCUCUUCAGCACCAUCAAGACCUUCCGUGACCUCUUCCUCAAAGCCUUAAAGGAGAACAAGAUCCGUAAAGAACAAGCUGCUAAAGCCGAGAAGAGGAAACAGCAGCUUGCAGAGGAAGACUCUAAACGACAGAAAGGAGAAGAUGGAAAGAUUAUCCGAAGAAGACCAGUGCCACAGGAUGAUGGCUGUAUCAUUGAUCAUCUCUUGGCGGAUAUUCGAAAGGGUUUCCAUCUGAGAAAGACUCGUCCCAGGUGCGAAAUGGAAAGUGACCCUUCUAGUGAAAUACAUAGGGUUACGGGACAGCCCGCAAGUGUCCGGUCUGUAGAAGUUGGGUCGCCAGCAAUCGAAACCUCUCGACCAGCUGUGGACUCUACUCCAGAAGAUCCGGCCAAAGAUUCCGGCACAAAUCCCAGAGGUGAAGUAACCUCUUUGGGUGACCGUGACGCAAAGACCAGCCCUCAAGAUGCGAAGGAGCCUCGGUCAGAUAUGUCCACGGAAACAUCCGCCACAGACAUCGAAACAACUCCAAACCCCUUGGUGAGCGCCACGUCCAUGGAGAUCUCCUCAUUACAUCCUCCAGCUCAGGAAUUAACUGCAGUACAUCCGUCUGAUGCACCGCCCAGCUGCCUUACACCAAACAAUACAGCGCAACAAGACCAGAACCAGAACCGCAUCCAGCCUACGAACGAUGAAUUGACUCGUUCCACCCCAGUAAAGAAAACUGACUCUUUAAACUCAGGUGCUAUUGACUCAAACAUAAAUGGUGCUUGUGAAAAUACAGACACGUUGAAGACAAGUAAAGACUAUUUUGACGACCCGCUUCAGUCGAGGAAUGAUUGUGUAGAUGGCAACGGUAACGAGUCGUCGAGAGACAGCGUUUUGACGCAGGAGGCAUCCGAUGAACUAGAUGGGAGUUCUCAAGCUCCGCCCACUCCUUCUGUAAGCCACGCCCCUCCGAAGCCAGAAAAUAAAAAACUUUUCUGCCAAAGAAACAAAAAAAGCGGUAAUGAAGUCGAGGGUAACGGGGGGAGCAGACGCUCUAAAAAGGCGUGUGUGUUGCAGUAAGGUAGGUCAAACGCCUCCGUACCAAACUAACCAGACCGAAUAACAACGUCCGGUAUAACCCGUCUAAUCGAUGUUCUCUCUACAUACAAACGUGUCAUAAACUCAGUACUUCAUGUUCUUCUUGGCUUCAAACAUGGGAAUCAACCGCACCUGUAACCUGACCUUUUGACCCUCAAACUUUAAUUUUAACCAGCAUCUUAAAUGAUUAUUAAACUCAUCAGCCCAAGUGAAUAGUAAUUCUUCUGCUUCUAUUUACUAACAGUAAGUGUUAAAGCAAAGGUAUGUGAGGAUGGAGUGUCUAUUCUGCUUGGGUCACUGCUGUUAUGACCUUUUGACCUUUAACCCCGUGACUAUUGGAGCUUUAACGUGUCUGUCUGUCUCAAAGUAUGUCUAUACGUCCAAUCAAAAACUCUAAAUUCGAAGAUCACGAAGUUAUAACGCUGGUUUUCUCGAAGUAAGUGUUUGGGAAAGUUUUCAUACUUACAACUGCUUAUUGAAAUGUUUCACUCAUUGCAGGAAACUCCAGGAAAAGGAGAACAAAAGGGAGACGAAAGAGUUGAUCCCGGAUUACAUCUGCGCUCUUCUGUAUUUCCGGUAGUACUCUCGAGACAUACAGACUGACCCCAGAUCAGCUGAUACAUCAAAGGACCAAUUUAUGGUGCAUUUGACAAAAUAAACAUUGUGUGUUUGAGCUUAGUUUUAAAUGCUAAAUCUAUGAUCAAACUAUAUUUUAAAUAUUUGCACACUGUCAGAUGCAUUUAUGGCACAAACGGUUUAUAUUCAAGUAUUUUGAAGAGAUAAUUGUAGAGAAGAGAUAAUUAUGGGUGUAAAUUGUGAGUUUCUCAAAACCUGUAAGUUUCUUCACUCUUUCUGAAACCUUUAAAAUGUUUCACUUGCUGUUUGCUAUUAAUAUUGCUGUGAAUGUAAACUUUAUAUAUUAUGAGAUGUUUGGCAAUAACCAUGAGAAGUAUUUGUUUAUUCUUAUAAUAUCGGUUCUAUGGUUUUAUUGUAAAAAAAUAUCAGUGUCUUCAUGCAUAUAAAGAUUCUGAAGAAAUAUAAAUUAAAUGUAUUUGUGUGUGUAUAUAUGGUAUAAUAAAAUGCACAAU